AUGCGGCUUCCUCGUCCUCUUCGCUUUUUUACGUCGGUUUUCCUGUUUUUGAUGGAGAGCCGAAAAUGUCGGUGAAAGGGGGAGGACCGAGAGGAUUUUACUUUAAUACAGUAUUAUCUCUUGCUCGGUCUUUGGCAGUACACCGACCUGCUUCGGUUGAAAAGGUCCAGAAGCUGCAAUGCAUGUGCCCGGUGGAUUCGCGGGGCGUCUUCCAGCUGGACGAGCGGCGCCGAGAUGCCGUGAUUGCGCUGGGAAUAUUUCUGCUAGAAUCGGAUUUAGAGCACAAAGACAUCAUUGUUCCAUACCUGCUGGGUCUCCUGAAAGGUUUACCUCGUGUGCAGUGGGUUGAGGAGAGCACAGGAAGAAAAGGAAGGGAAAUACUCCCCAUAGCAGAGAACUUUAGCUUCUGUCUUGUGACUAUGCUGUCAGACGUGGCCCAGAGAGACCCCUUUUCUCGUGGACAGAUUUUGGAAGCUGUCAUCAACCUCAUGCAGACGCUGAUGGAAAUGUGUCAGGCACCGGAGAACCAUGACAAAGAGUACCUGUGCAGGUACACCGUCCCCUGUCUGUUGGGGGUGGCCAGAGCAUUCGGCCGCUACAGCAACACCGACGAGUCCCUGCUGUCCAAGCUUUUCCCGCGGGGGGCCCAGAAGCCCCCCCGUGUGGCAGACGAGAUUGAGGGUGUUCGCCGGCGCUCCUUCAACGACUUCCGCUCCAUUCUACCCAGCUCGCUGCUCACAGUAUGUCAGGGCGACUCGCUGAAGCGCAAGACAGGCAGCGUCUCCAGCCUCUCCCAGCUCAGUCCCGAACGGAGAGGGCCGUCGCCCAUUUCCCCGUCUGUCCCGCCCGCACAGUACUUUGAAGGAGCAUACCUCCCCGACGGCAGUGCCUUAGACCCCGAAUAUUACUUCUCCACAAUCAGCUCCAGCUUCUCUGUGUCGCCUCUCUUCAUGGGAAGCAACAGCAAGGAGUUUGACGUGCCGCUGCCUGUGUUGAAGUUGCUUCUGCACAUGGUGAAGCGGUUUGUCUCUGAGUCUUUCCUGAAGAGUCUGGACUCCAUGAUGGCUGAUGUCAUGGAGGAGAAUCCAGGGAUUUAUUUGCAUUACAAAAGCUUCAGUGACCCCCUCUACGUGGACAUGUUUAAAAUGUUGCGGGACACCCUGUACUGCAUGAAAGAUUUGCCCACCUCCUUUGUGAAGGAGGUCCAUGAUUUCGUGCUGGAGCAGUUCAGCAGCAGCCAGUCGGAGUUGCAGAAGAUCUUGCAUGACAUGGAGCGCGUGAACACUGAGCUGAGCCCACUGAAGCUGCGUUGCCAGGCCAACGCUGCCUGCGUGGACCUCAUGGUGUGGGCAGUCAAGGAAGAGCAGGGUGCUGAGAACCUGUGCACCAAGCUGUCUGAGAAGCUCCAGUCCAAGACGUCCAGCAAAGUCAUCAUCGCUCACAUGCCUCUGCUCAUUUGCUGCUUACAGGGCCUGGGCCGGCUGUGUGAGCGCUUCCCCGUGGUGGCCCACUCUGUCACCAUGUGCCUGCGUGACUUCCUGGUGGUGCCCUCUCCUGUGCUAGUGAAGCUCUACAAGUACCACAGCCAGUACAGCACAGGCACUGGGGACAUAAAGAUAAGCAUCACCAAUGAGAAUUCCCAGUCCACCUUGAACCUGCUUUCCAACAAGAAGGGCCAGCCCUCCAUGUACGAGCAGCUGAGGGACAUCUCCAUUGACAACAUCUGCAGGGGUCUGAAGGCGGGGCUUACUGCAGACCCGGUCACGGUGGAGGCCUUCCUGGCGGGCCUGUCCAAUCGCCUCUACAUAUCCCAGGAGAAUGACAAGGAGGCCCACCUGAUCCCGGACCACACUAUCCGGGCUCUGGGCCACAUUGCUGUGGCGCUACGGGAAACGCCUCGCGUGAUGGAGCCCAUCUUGCAGAUCCUGCAGCAGAAGUUCUGCCAGCCACCAUCACAGCUGGAUGUGCUUAUAGUGGAUCAGUUGGGCUGCAUGGUCAUCACCGGCAAUCAAUACAUCUACCAAGAGGUGUGGAACCUGUUCCAGCAGAUUAGUGUGAAGGCCAGCUCCGUGGUCUACUCUGCCACCAAGGACUAUAAGGACCACGGAUACAGACACUGUUCUCUGGCCGUGAUCAACGCCCUGGCCAACAUCGCCGCCAACCUCCAGGGAGAGCAGAUGGUGGAUGAGCUCCUGGUAAACCUGCUGGAGCUGUUUGUGCAGUUAGGCCUUGAGGGCAAGAGAGCCAGCGAGCGGGCCAGCGACAAGGGCCCUGCGCUCAAGGCGUCCAGCAGUGCUGGGAAUCUGGGUGUGCUCAUUCCUGUAAUAGCUGUGUUGACCCGGCGCCUGCCCCCCAUCAAAGAAGCCCGGCCCCGGCUGCAGAAGCUCUUCCGGGACUUUUGGCUCUACUCCGUGGUGAUGGGCUUUGCUGUGGAGGGCUCAGGGCUGUGGCCUGAGGAGUGGCACGAGGGCGUGUGCGAGAUCGCCACCAAAUCCCCCCUGCUGACCUUCCCCAGUGGAGAGCCGCUACGCUCUGAGCUGCAGUACAACUCGGCGCUCAAGAACGACACCGUCACCGCGGGGGAGCUGAACGAGCUUCGGAGCACCAUCAUCAACUUGCUGGACCCGCCACCUGAGGUGGGCGCACUUAUCAACAAGCUGGACUUUGCCAUGUCCACUUACCUGCUGUCCGUCUACCGGCUGGAGUACAUGAGGGUACUGCGCUCCAUGGAUCAUGAUCGCUUCCAGGUGAUGUUCCGCUAUUUUGAGGACAAAGCCAUCCAGAAGGACAAGUCAGGAAUGAUGCAGUGUGUCAUAGCUGUGGGGGACAAGGUCUUCGAAGUCUUUCUUCAAAUGAUGGCGGACAAGCAAAAGACCAAAGAGCAUGAGGAGGAGCUAGAGCGCCAUGCCCAGUUCCUGCUGGUUAACUUCAACCACACCCACAAGAGAAUCCGUAGGGUGGCUGACAAGUACCUGUCUGGCCUGGCCGAGACAUUCCCUCAUCUGCUGUGGAGCGGCCGAGUAUUGAGGACCAUGCUGGACAUCCUGCAGACCCUGUCGCUGUCCCUCAGUGCUGAUAUCCACAAGGACCAGCCUUACUACGACAUCCCGGACACCCCUUACCGGAUUACGGUGCCAGACACGUAUGAAGCGAGGGAGAGCAUCGUGAAGGACUUUGCUGCCCGCUGUGGUGAGAUCCUGAAGGAGGCUAUGAAGUGGGCCUCCUCUGUCACCAAGUCCCACCUCCAGGAGUACCUGAACAAGCACCAGAACUGGGUUUCAGGCCUGUCCCAGCACACAGGCCUGGCCAUGGCCACCGAGAGCAUCCUGCACUUUGCUGGCUACAACCGGCAGAGCACCACGCUAGGGACCACGCAGCUGACAGAGAGGCCUGCCUGCGUCAAGAAGGACUACUCCAACUUCAUGGCCUCCCUCAACCUGCGCAAUCGCUAUACUGGCGAGGUGGCAGGUAUGCUGCAAUUUUCUGAGGCUACGCAGUGCAGCAUUGCUGACCUCAACAAGCUGAUGAUUGAUCAGAUGGAGGCGGCGCUGCAAGCUCUGAGGCCCGAGGGCUUUGCUCAGGCCAUGUUCAAGCUCACAGCCCUGCUCAUCAGCUCCAAAGCAGAUUGCGACCCCCAGCUCCUACACCACCUGUGCUGGGCUCCUCUGAAGAUGUUCACUGAGCAUGGCAUGGAGGCCGCCAUUGCCUGCUGGGAGUGGCUGCUGGCAGCCAAGAACGGUGUUGAAGUGCCGUUCAUGCGCGAGAUGGCUGGAGCCUGGCACAUGACGGUGGAGCUGAAGAUGGGGCUCUUCUCCGAGGCCCGGCUGGAGGCCGACCCCUUGGCCGCGUCCGAGGAGAGCCAGCCCAUGCCGUGCCCCCCCGAGGUCAUUCCACAUUCCAUCUGGAUCGAGUUCCUGGUGCAGAGGUUCGAGAUUGCAAAGUACUGCAGUGCCGACCAGGUGGAGAUUUUCUGUGGGUUGCUUCAGAGAUCACUGUCCCUCAGUGUGGGCGGGGCCAAGAGCGCAAUGAACCGUCACGUGGCGGCCAUCGGACCUCGCUUCAGGUUACUGACCCUGGGCCUGGCUCUCCUGCAUGCUGACGUGGUCACCAACGCCACCAUCCGCAAUGUCCUCCGCGAGAAGAUCUACUCCACUGCCUUUGACUACUUCAGUGUGGCAGCUAAGUUCCCCACGCAGGUCGAGAAGCGCCUCCGUGAGGAUAUCAGCAUCAUGACCAAGUUCUAUGCCAGCAUGCUGUCCGACAAGAAGUACCUGACUGCCAACCAGCUGGUGCCCCCCGAUAACCAGGAGCUGUCUGUGAAUAGCCUGUCUGUCAUGACAGUGACAGACUCCAGGAACAACCUGGACGUGUCCAUGGGCCCCAGGCAGCAGAGCACACAGGGUUGGAUCAACACGUACCCACUGUCCAGCGGCAUGUCCACCAUGUCCAAGAAAUCCGGUCUGUCCAAGAAGAGCAACAGAGGUACGCAACUGCACAAGUACUACAUGAAGCGGAGGACGCUGCUGCUGGCUCUGCUGGCCAGCGAGAUCGAGCGACUCACCAUCUGGUACAACCCCCUGUCCACCCAAGAGCUAGCCAUCUCCACCGAGCAGUCCGUGGAGACUAGCAUCACCAACUGGAGGUCUAAGUACAUCAACCUGAGUGAGAAGCAGUGGAAGGACAAUGUGAACCUGUCCUGGAGCAUCUCCCCCUACUUGGCCAUGCAGCUGCCUGCCAGGUUUAAAAACACAGAAGCCAUCGUCGCAGAAGUUACCCGUCUGGUGCGCCUGGACCCCGGUGCAGUCAGUGAUGUGCCGGAAGCAGUCAAGUUCCUGGUAACGUGGCACACCAUCGACGCCGACUCUCCUGAACUGAGCCACAUCCUGUGCUGGGCACCAGCUGACCCCCCCACCGGGCUCUCCUACUUCUCCAGCAUGUACCCCCCACAUCCGCUCACGGCACAGUACGGCGUGAAAGUCCUCCGGUCCUUCCCCCCUGAUGCCAUUUUAUUCUACAUACCUCAAAUUGUUCAGGCACUUCGAUAUGAUAAGAUGGGAUAUGUGCGGGAGUAUAUUUUGUGGGCUGCUCAGAAGUCCCAACUCCUGGCCCACCAGUUCAUCUGGAAUAUGAAGACCAACAUCUACAUUGAUGAGGAAGGCCACCAGAAAGACCCCGACAUAGGGGAGCUGCUGGAGCAGAUGGUGGAGGAGAUCACCGGCUCUUUAUCAGGACCAGCCAAGGACUUCUACCAGCGCGAGUUUGAUUUCUUCAACAAGAUCACCAACGUCUCGGCCAUCAUCAAGCCUGUCCCUAAAGGUGAUGAAAGGAAAAGGGCCUGUUUGAAAGCUCUGUCUGAUAUCAAAGUACAACCUGGCUGUUACUUACCCAGUAACCCAGAGGCCAUUGUGCUGGACAUUGAUUAUAAGUCUGGAACUCCGAUGCAGAGUGCUGCUAAAGCUCCUUAUCUGGCUAAGUUCAAAGUCAAACGCUGUGGUGUGAGUGAGCUGGAGAAGGAAGGCUUGCGAUGUCGCUCCAACUCCCUGGACGAAGAGGACGGCUCAGAUGGAGCUCGCAGGGUCUGCUGGCAGGCGGCCAUCUUUAAAGUUGGGGACGACUGCAGGCAGGACAUGCUGGCUCUGCAGAUCAUUGGCCUGUUCAAGAACAUCUUCCAGCUGGUGGGCCUGGACCUAUUUGUGUUCCCUUACCGGGUGGUGGCCACCGCGCCUGGGUGUGGCGUCAUCGAGUGCAUUCCGGACUGCAAGUCCCGUGACCAAUUGGGCCGUCAGACAGACUUUGGGAUGUACGACUACUUCCGAAAUCAGUACGGAGACGAGUCCACGUUGGCUUUCCAGAAGGCUCGGUACAACUUCAUCCGCAGCAUGGCAGCCUACAGUCUGCUGCUGUUCCUGCUGCAGAUCAAGGAUCGACACAACGGCAACAUCAUGCUGGACAGCAAGGGCCACCUCAUUCACAUUGACUUUGGCUUCAUGUUUGAGAGCUCUCCUGGUGGAAACCUGGGCUGGGAGCCAGACAUCAAGCUUACUGACGAGAUGGUGAUGAUCAUGGGGGGAAAGAUGGAGGCCACGCCCUUCAAGUGGUUCAUGGAGAUGUGUGUGCGGGGAUACUUGGCUGUCAGACCGUACAUGGACGCUGUCGUCUCCUUGGUGACACUGAUGCUGGACACAGGAUUGCCGUGUUUUCGAGGACAGACAAUUAAGCUACUGAAGCAGAGGUUCAACCCCAAUAUGAGUGAGAAGGAGGCAGCCACCUUCAUCAUCAAGGUGAUCCAGAGCUGUUUCCUCAGCAGCAGGAGUAAAACAUAUGACAUGAUCCAGUACUACCAGAACCAGAUACCAUACUGAGUGCUGCCUGCUGGUGCCUGUAUUCCCCGCCCACUUUUUACUGAGUGCUCCUGUUACUCUUUGCACUAGCCGUUAUGUGCAUUUUAUGACGCUAAAUUGUUUACGCUGGUUUGCAUGUCUUGUGACGAUGCAUUUCUGAAGAUGACUUGCCGACGUUUUUUGUCAGUGUGUGCAUUCUGCAAUGUUAAUUUAUGUAUACAAUUUAAAUUUUAAACUAGUUUGUCUCGUGACCUUAACUGUGGAACCUUUUCUAUGACAACUGAUGUACUGCACUGCACUGCACUGUACUGUACUGUACUGUUGUAUUAAUCUUGAAACAAGUGGAAGUCCUACUAUUUUUUAACCACCAUUGACUAACUUCAGGUGAUCCUGUGUAAAAAAUAAUAAUAAUAAUAAUAAUAAAUAAUAAUCAUAAUGCUUUGUUCUCUGUAUGCUUGUGUGCAGUGGCAUUAUGUAAAAGAUUGAAAAAAUAAAUUUCCUAGUUUUCUAUUUUCCUUUGUUUUGGGGGAAGGUAUAGUAACAUAUAUUAAAUAUGAUGUAUGUGCAUUAAAUAAAAUGUGUAAAAAAAUUUAAAAACA